AUGACGGUCGUUGACUCAAUUGUAUUCAGCAUCACCUCCAAGCUUGGUCUCGGUCAAGCAGCAGACGAUGUGCCCCAUCAUCCUCUGGACCCUCUUAGCGCCGCCGAAAUAGCCAAAUCGGUGGAAGCGAUUCAGAACAAACAUGCCGGUCAACGAUUAUGGUUCAAAUCCACUCAGCUUGUUGAACCUCCCAAGAGCGCUUUGGGCCCCUGGUUGGAUGAUCUAGCUGAAGGUACAGCUACUGAACGUCUACCCCGAAUAGCUGAAACUUUACUUGGAAAACGGGACAAGGAAGGUGCAGAAUGGUUUGUUUACCGAACAUUAAUCCCAGUGGCUGGGGACGCGGAAGUAAUUGUUGAAGAACCUGUUCCUGUAGGCCACCAUGUGCCGCCAGACAUGGGUGAGAUGAUAGCGGCGGAAGAAGCAUUACUCAACCAUCCGGAAUUCAAGGCCGCAGUUGAGAAACUACAACUUCCCCUAAAGGCCAAGGUGGUAGCUGACGGAUGGAUCUAUGGCGCCGAUGGAACGGAGCAAACUCCAAGAUACAUCGCAUUCAUGGUCUACCUCUCUUUCUCGGACGAUCCAGAUACAUGUCAUUACGCCGCUCCCCUUCCGAUCAUCCCAACUAUUCAUGCGGAUACAUUCGAGCUCGCCAAGCUCGAGUACUGUCCCAUCUACGGUACAAGCGAUAAAACUCUGCUGGACUACGAAGGGAGGUUCCCUUGGGAAGCUUACGUUCCUAAUGAAUACGACGCAGGGAUCCGAGCCGCAGCGGGGCUUUCAACCAGGGAUGACCUGAAGCCGUAUAGAGUCAUACAGCCAGAGGGAGCCAGUUUCACGCUUAAAGGUCGAGUCAUUCAUUGGCAAAAGUGGUCCAUGCACAUCGGCUUCAACUAUAGAGAGGGAGUGGUGCUCAGUGAUAUUCGAUACGAUGGUAGAAAGACAUUCUAUCGUCUAAGUGUCAGCGACAUGACAGUCCCUUAUGGAGAUCCGAGAGCGCCUUUCCAUCGUAAACAAGCUUUCGACUUGGGUGACGUCGGCGCUGGCCUCACCGCAAAUGAGCUUGCAUUGGGCUGUGACUGCCUGGGAGAGAUUGCCUAUCUCAACUUUGACCACUUCACGAACACAGGCUCUCCCGUGACUCAAAGGGGUGUUGUCUGUAUACACGAGCAAGACGAUGGCAUCGGGUGGAAACACACCAACUUCCGCACAAACAAACCGUCCGUCGUUCGAUCGCGAAUCUUGAUCAUCCAGACCGUGCUCACUGUUGCCAACUACGAGUACAUCUUCGCAUGGAAGUUCGAUCAAGUCGCAGGUAUCAGCCUUGAAGUAAGAGCUACGGGUAUUUUGAGCACAGUUGCCAUACUACCCGGUGAAACAUCUCCUUACGGCAAUGUUGUCUCUACAGGGGUCCUUGCUACCAACCAUCAACACUUGUUUUCAAUUCGUAUCGACCCGUCUAUCGAUGGCCACAACAACACGAUUGUCCAAGAAGACUCUGUACCCAUGCCAUUCGACAAAACAAACCCGCCCGCUGACAACCGAUGGGGUGUGGGCUACACAGUCCAAAAGACGUCCAUCACGAAGAGUGGAUGGGCUGACGCCGCACCCGAAAAGAAUAGGGUGUUCAAGAUAGUCAACCCAAAUAAGAUCAAUGCUGUUUCAGGCAAACCCGUCAGCUACAAACUCGUUCCAGCGCCUUCUCAAUUGAUGCUUGCUCAUCCAGACUCUGUCGCAUACGCUCGCGCCGAGUUUGGCGAACAUCACCAAUACGUCACUUCAUACAAGGACGGUGAGCUUUACGCUGGAGGAUUGUACACCAAUCAGUCAAAUGGAGGUGCCAACGGGAUCCGGUCAUGGAUCGCCCGAGAGGACAAUGUCGACAAUACCGAUCUUGUUCUAUGGCAUACUUUUGGUCUGACCCACAACCCAAGGGUCGAGGAUUUCCCUGUUAUGCCUUGCGAGACUCACAUGAUCCAUCUCAAACCAAAUGACUUUUUUAAUGCUUCCCCAGGCAUGGAUGUACCCGCGAGCACCCAGGCUUUCAAUCAAUCUCGUCUUCAUGCCCCUGGUCAACACCUGCAGGGCAGUAACAAGGUUGAGGUAGCUGCGAAGGCUAAUGGAUUGAAUAGGAAGAGUUGCUGUGCGUGA